AUGGAUAAAUCAUCUCUAUACCAUGUCGAGUAUGAUUUCGAGAAGAAUGAUGAACAAGUUUUCCAAAAACCUAAAGAUGAGUUAUUCGACCUCGGCAGCCUUGGUUACUUUGACAAAGAGAAUAUCAUCAUAGUUGGUUCAUGUAACGAUUUGGUUUGUUUAACAACAAAAAACGACAACUAUCUAUGUGGUCAUGUCUACGUCUGUAAUCCGAUCACUCAAGAAUGUACGCAACUUCCUGGUCUCGUUCCGAAUAACAAAGACUACAAAGAUGCUGGUUAUGGUUCUAAUCUUUACGGAUUUGGUUAUCUUCAUUCAAGUGACGAGUACAAGGUUGUUCGAAUCAGCUACAAAGUAGAUCCCAACAUCGGUGCAAUCUUUCAGGGGGAAAUACACGUAAACACACUCGGUGACGGCAGAGGGUGGAGAUAUAGGGAAGAAAUCAUAACCAACCAGUUGCAUUGUUCAGAACAACAAGGUAUCUUUGUGGAUGGAGCACUUUACUGGAAAAGUAGUACAGGUCUUGAUAUAGGUGUCUUCGAUUUAACAGAUGAGAAAUUAUACAUGCUCCAUCCACCACCUCGUGCCCGUUCAGAAUGGGGACAUUUUAAAAUGGUGGCAUUAGGAGGACAACUGUGUUUUUUUCAGGCAACGACGUACCAUAGCUCGAACAUAUGGUUGUUGGAAAAGAGAAAAGGAACUUAUGGUAAUUGCUCUUCACCGAUUUGGAUUGAAGGAGCAUCUCACUACAAAAAAGAAGGCUUCUAG